AUGGGUACUGUGCUGUCCCUGUCCCCCAGCUACCGCAAGGCCGCUCUCUUUGAGGACGGCCCGGCGACGGUGGGGCCCUACACGGCCGUCCAGAACAGCAAGAAUGCCAAGGAGAAGCCCCUGAAGCGCCAGUCGCUCAUCCUGACAUGGAAGCGCAUCGUGGUGGUGUCCACCAAGCGGAAAGGCUCCAAGAAGCUGCCCUCGGGAGACAGCCAGGACGAGGGGGGCAGCAUCAGCCAGCUCAACAGCCAGAACCUGAAGAAGUCCCAGUCCUGCGCCAACCUCUCCUCCUUCGCCGCUCAGGACCCCGCCUCGGCUGCUGCCGCCGUCGCCGUCGCCAUCCCCACCUCCAAGACCACCUCCAACAUGGUGGCCGCGGCCAAACGGACCUCGCUUACCGGCUCGGUCUCGGGCCAGCCCAACACCAACGCCGGCACGCCCAAGCGCGUCAUCGUCCAGGCGUCCACCAGCGAGCUCCUGCGCAGCCUGGGUGAGUUCCUGUGCCGCCGCUGCUACCGGCUGAAGCGCCUGUCGCCCGCCGACCCCGUGCUGUGGCUGCGCAGCGUGGACCGCUCCCUGCUCCUCCAGGGCUGGCAGGACCAGGGCUUCAUCACGCCGGCCAACGUGGUCUUCCUCUACAUGCUGUGUCGCGACGUCAUCUCGGCCGAGGUGGCCAGCGAGCGCGAGCUGCAGGCCUCGCUGCUCACCUGCCUCUACCUGUCCUACUCCUACAUGGGCAACGAGAUCUCCUACCCGCUGAAGCCCUUCCUGGUGGAGGCGGAGAAGGAGGCCUUCUGGGACCGCUGCCUGGAGAUCAUCAACCGCAUGAGCACCAAGAUGCUGCAGCUCAACUCGGACCCGCACUACUUCACGCAGGUCUUCGCCGACCUGAAGAACGAGAGCCAGAAGGAGAAGGAGGACAGCCGGCUGCUGAUCGGACUCGAUCGAUAA